UAAAUAAUAUUUAUCGUUACUAUUGGAAUACCUUUCAAAAGCACUACUGGUGAAAUUGUACAAAUUUAAACACAUUAAAUUUUGCCAAUCAAAAACACAAGGCAACUGCAGUGCAAAGUUAUUGUCACCCAGUAUACUGUUCAGUUUUGAUUUUUAUUUAAUUAAUACUGUUGGAAUUAUCUCUAAUUGAUUGAAAUUGAAUUCAUAGUAUUUCGUUUCGUUUUCGAUUCAAAUACCUCUAUUGAUGUUGGCCUACCGAAGUUAGCAGAGUGAUACUUUAUUUACACAUUGGUCAGGAUAUCAUCGGGUUUGUGACCUACAUUUAACUACAGCACAUACACAUGUAACAGCCACUACAUACAUACAGUUGAUACCCCAGUUGCAACUAGCGAAUCUAGCACAGCCCAUCAUCCAACUUGAAGGUCACCCAAUCCAGACACGGUGCAUGCGUACAUUUUUACAUAUGCGGUGGAGUUACUUAAGCAUUAUAGAAAUAGUAUGUUCAUGUACACCGCCUCUGAAGUGUAUGGAAAAGAUCUUGAAAUGCGCCACAACAGUCAGGCAAAAAAUUUAACGAAUAACAACAAUGGGAUUAGUAGCAACACCAGCAACCUUAAUGAUCAGCAAGUACCAUUUUGUAAUGUUGAUAAUGCCGUUAACUAUUAUAAGAAUGUAAACCUAAUUGGAUCAACAUGGAGUAUGAAGGGUUCAAGUCGUUCAUCUAAUGCAAGUCCAUCGAAAUGUGGCAGGCAAAUAUGUAGGCAACCGCCCGGCUAUUCAGCAGUACCUUCCUCCGAACUAUUGCAAUACUCAAAUUCAUACGCCAUGUCAUAUGCACCUCAAAGGGUUUCGGGUGCAUCAACAGGGGGAAACAACAACCAUCAUGCAUACCAACAGAUGAGGCAAUCAGUUGACUAUUAUAGUGGUACGCCACCGCACAAAGUUCACCAGCACUCGCAUAGUAAUAGUGCACACGCCAACCAGGAAAUCAAAUAUUCUUCCCCGCUUUCGUUGGAGAAAGAUAAACUAAAACGACAAAUAAGAAUUCGAAGUACAUCUGAAUUUUUGGAUGGGGGUUUAAUCUAUUCGCAUAACCGCAAACCAACUACACUGGAGACGUCAUGGAGUUCUGUAAUUCCGGAGCGGCCAUUGCGUUUUCAUUCAACAGAUCAGCACUACGAACAUUAUUUUUCAUAUUUUUACAAUCGCGGUGGACGAGAUCAGUUACCGAAGAACCACCCACCGCAUACCUCGCACUCGGUGUGCAAUUACAAACCUCAAAUGAGCUUAUUACAUGAACCGUCGAGUAAACGCUCGUCAAAUGCUAGUCGCAGAAAUAAUAUACCCAAUGAUAAUAACCAAAAUGUAGAAUAUGAUAGUUAUAUAUUGAAAGAAAAUAACGAGUUGCCGUUUGGGUAUAAUGACAGCAAUUGGAACGAUUCACCGGAGAAUGAUUGCCCAGAAAAAUGUGUAUCGAAAGCUAACGAUGAUGAUUAUAUUUCUAAUAACGAUGCAUACGAUUCGAAAGAAAUCAAUGUUGAACAAUUCGAUCCAACUUUACUAUCCCAUCGUCGAUUCGUCCAGCAUAGCGAAAUCAAUGAACUGAACACAACUGGAGACUCUUUAACAGUGAAUAAUAAUAUAAGUCAAGCUAAGAAAACGCAAAAAGUUACCAUAUCCCCUCAUAUCGCUCCACGAUUACCAUUGACGCCAAAAAGAAUCCGGGGAGGCCAAGCAACUGUCAAAAAGAUACUGCCUACUGUGCAUAGAGUUUUAUUGUAUAACAGUCAAAGUCCCCGAUUGGCACGUAAGCAUCAAUAUCAAUCGAGUAAUUCACGCAAUCAAAACGUAAAACCACAACAUCCUAAAGGUCACAGUCAUGGUCAAUGUCAGGCCCAAGGAGAUGAUGAUCAUAUAACUAAAUAUAUUCUGGAUGAUUCUGAAGAGAAAGCCAACGAAUACCCCGAGGUUGAUUUUGACAAUGAUGACGAUCUAGACAAUAUAUCAAAUUUUGAUGAGAGCGACACAGUUAGUGUUAGUUCUGAUACAGAAGAUGGAUAUCGAGCUCAUGCGUAUAAAAUGGCUCAUUCAGGAGAACGGUUAUCGUCGUCACCGAAGAACUCAAAAACUUUGCUGUUUUCUCAGACUUCUGAUGAAGAUUUAUGUAAUCCGAAAUCAGUAUUAGUACCAAGUCUUUUUCCCUUCGUUCCGCCCUAUCUAUCCUUUUCAUCGAACACUCAAAAAGGACCUGAUGUGCCAGCUGACUUACACAGAGUAUUGAAAUGGCGGGUGACAAACAUUAUGCCUAAGGUUGUUCGCUUGAUCUUGGCCAAUAGUGGGAUGCGUAUGCUCAAAAAAACGAACGACUGGAUGGGGGUUUGGGGCAAGCAUUUAAAAUCACCAUGUUUUAAAACGAUUCGCUCAUAUCAAAAGAUAAAUCAUUUACCUGGGUCCUUCCGAAUUGGACGCAAAGAUUCGUGCUGGAAGAAUCUUCAGAGGCAAAUGAAGAAGCACAGUAACAGGGAGUUUGGCUUCAUGCCACGCACCUAUGUCAUACCAAAUGAUUUGUGUGCAUUGCGGAAACGUUGGCCAAAAUAUGCUCAACGUAAUACAAAGUGGAUUAUUAAGCCCCCCGCUAGUGCUCGGGGAGCUGGGAUACGCGUAGUUAAUCGAUGGGGUCAAAUACCUAAAAGGCGGCCUUUAAUUGUGCAGAAAUAUAUCGAACGUCCUUUGCUAAUAAAUGGAAGCAAAUUCGACUUACGUCUAUACGUACUUGUAACAUCUGUAAAUCCCUUGAGAGUCUUCAUGUAUCACAAUGGUUUGGCAAGAUUCGCGUCAGUGAAAUAUAGCGCCAAGAUUGAUACAUUGAACGAUCGAUGCAUGCAUUUGACGAACUAUAGCAUUAACAAAUUUUCGUCAAACUACUCAAAGAAUGAGGAUGUUAAUGCUUGUCAUGGUCACAAGUGGACAAUUAAGUCGCUAUGGAAUUAUUUGGCCAAUCGUGGAGUCCGCACAGACGGCCUCUGGGAGGCGCUAAGGAGUCUAGUGUUACGCACAAUUUUAGCUGGUGAAAAUGGCAUAAAUAGCAUGAUACGAGCAAACGUGGAGUCCAAAUACAGUUGUUUUGAAUUAUUUGGAUUUGAUGUGAUCUUAGACUCGGAUCUUGUACCAUGGUUAUUGGAGGUCAACAUUUCACCCAGCUUGCACUCAGAACUGCCGCUUGAUGCUCAUGUUAAGGCACCCCUGGUUCAGGGCGUUCUUAACACAGCUUUGUAUAAUAUACCACCAAAACUGACUCAGGAAAAACAAAAGGAGCUUGCCGCCGAGUUUUCAUUUCCACCUGGAACACAAAUGUGCUAUGAUAAACGUCUAUAUAUAAAUUAUUUAUCGCGCGAUGAAAAGGUCAAACAUAAUAAUUUUACACGUAAAACAAUGGAAAACCGCGAAGAUUAUGUUAAUGCAAUUCUGCAAAAACUAACACCUGACGAUGUGCGCUGUCUUAUUGUGGCUGAGGAUGAGCUGGCACGAUGCGCUCCUCUUGAGCGCAUAUUUCCCACAGAUCAAACCCACAAAUAUCUAAAAUACAACGACACUCCUCGUUAUUACAAUCGAUUGUUAGAUGCCUGGGAAUCACGCUAUGCAAAUAACCGUACCGAAGGGAUAGCACUUCUUCGCGAUUAUUGCCAAGCCAAAUACCAUUUACAGGUUCCAGUGCCACCUGCCAAAAAGGACUUGAACGAUAACCCCGAAGAGAACACACUUCUGAAGCUAGAAAAUGGACCCAUUGCAAACUCACAUUCAUAAAACAACCUUUCUUUCGCUUUCAAAUAAUAAUGAUUCUAGCGAAUUCUGUUAAAUACAUCAACCGACUUGGAAAAAAUUAUUAAGAUUUACACAUUGUUCAUCUUGUUAUACGAAAGACUGAACACAAUAAAUCAUUUAUUUUAAAUUAAGUCACACUCUGAUGCCGGUCUCUACAAUGGGAUUUUCAUUAAGUCUAGUUUUAAGGCUCAAAGCAUAUUCAAUGUGUUCGAAAACUAAGUAAAAUUUUAUGUAAUGUUAACUAGGAUCCAAAAUUUGAAUGUGCACAAAUAAAAAUUGGUUAUAAGUAUAUAUUAAAUGCGCUAUAAUAGUAUAUAUUAUGUAUAAUUCAUGAGCAAUUACAAAUAUUUAAAAAAUCAAA